UGAAUGGAAGCUCGUCUUUUGAUUUCGUAAAAAGAAUAAUUAAAAAUAUAAUUGUCCAUUUCAAAACAUUUAUUCAUAGAUAAAAGAUGGCGGUCGAAAUCGAGUCUGCUGAUGUUGUUCGUCUCAUUGAGCAGUAUCUGAAAGAAAACAAUUUGCUCAGAACUUUGUCUUGCUUACAGGAUGAGAGUGGAAUAUCACUGAAUACAGUAGAGUCUGUGGACAGCUUCAUUUCUGAUAUCACAGCAGGUCACUGGGAUAGCGUACUACAAGCCAUUCAGACUUUAAAGCUACCUGAUAAUACUUUAGUUGACCUUUAUGGCCAGAUUGUUCUUGAGCUCAUUGAGCUUAGAGAGCUUGGGGCAGCUCGUUCAUUAUUGCGUCAAACAGAUCCAAUGAUCAUGAUGAAACACAGCCAACCUGACAGAUAUAUCCAUUUAGAGAACAUGCUGGCUAGAUCUUAUUUUGAUCCUAGAGAGGCAUAUCCAGAAGGCCAGACAAAAGAAAAAAGAAGAGCUGCCAUAGCUCAGACACUGGCUGGAGAAGUGAAUGUUGUACCACCAUCAAGGUUGCUUGCUUUACUUGGUCAGUCUCUCAAGUGGCAGCAGCACCAAGGGCUACUCCCUCCAGGUACUACCAUUGAUGUGUUCAGGGGUAAAGCUGCUGUCAAAGAACAAGAGGAAGAGAAAUAUCCUACACAGAUGAGUAAACAAAUUAAGUUUGGUCAAAAAGCUCAUGUGGAGUGUGCUAGGUUUUCCCCAGAUGGUCAGUAUUUGGUCACUGGGUCAGUUGAUGGCUUUGUGGAGGUCUGGAACUUUACAACUGGAAAGAUUAGGAAGGAUUUAAGAUACCAAGCACAGGACAAUUUUAUGAUGAUGGAUGAAGCUAUUUUAUGCAUGAGUUUUAGUCGAGAUUCUGAAAUGUUAGCCACUGGUGCUCAAGAUGGAAAGAUUAAGGUGUGGAAAAUUCUAACUGGCCAAUGCUUAAGAAAGUUUGACAAAGCCCAUGGCAAAGGUGUUACUUGUGUCAACUUUGCACGAGAUAACAGUCAGCUACUGAGUGCAUCAUUUGAUCAAACUAUACGAAUACAUGGAAUGAAAUCAGGGAAAACUUUAAAAGAAUUCCGAGGACACACCUCAUUUGUCAAUGAUGCAGUUUUUUCACAAGACGGACAUCACAUUCUCAGUGCCAGCUCUGAUGGAACAAUCAAAGUGUGGAGUGUAAAAACCACUGAGUGUCAAAACACUUUCAAAUCCCUUGGCAGUGUUUCGGGUGCUGACACAACAGUGCACAGUGUUCACAUACUGCCUCGAAAUGCUGAACAAUUUGUUGUCUGUAACAGAUCCAAUACAGUUGUUAUAAUGAACUUCCAAGGACAGAUUGUACGUAGUUUUUCCAGUGGUAAAAGAGAGGGUGGAGAUUUUGUUUGUGCUACUUUGUCACCAAGAGGAGAAUGGAUUUAUUGUGUGGGAGAGGAUAUGGUGCUCUAUUGUUUCAGUGUUGGUACAGGCAAACUAGAGAGAACACUUACUGUUCAUGACAAAGACGUAAUUGGAAUUUCACAUCAUCCACAUCAGAAUUUAAUUGCUACAUAUUCAGAGGAUGGACUCCUAAAAUUAUGGAAACCUUAGUUUUUUUAAAAAUGUUUGUCAUCAAAUCUUUAAUUCAAUUUCACUUAAUAAAAUAAU